CACACACAUUAUAUUCUCUAAAAUCUAGAUUCCAAUUAGGGUUUUGUUUUGGUUUCUCAAGCUCCACUUGGAAACCAUACCACACCCUAUUGCAGCCUUUCAUUUCCUAUCUCCCCCCAUUUUCCCACGACCUAACUACCAAGAUUCCUUUUUGGCCAUUUGGGUAACCCUCUCACAUUCACACACAAUGUUCAGUUUCUGCAACUACAGCAAAUUCUUCAUCCUUUUCUUAUGCACCCUUCUGAUCUAUUUCACUGCUUGAUGCUUCAAAAGAUCCCUCUAUUCUGUUAACUUCACUCUCAGUUUCCUCUUUUAGGGUUCUCUUACCAUUCUUAUUCAAUCAUGGUAAAAAAACAAAAAAAAUCACUUUUUGACCAAAACCCAGAUUCAACUUUAACAUUCACAUUCGACGAUUUACUUUGAAAGACCUAACUCUAUUUUUUUUCAUUUUCUUCUUCUUCAUCUAUGCCUAAGGUUCCAGAACACAAAGAUGGAUCUGAAACGGAAACAUCAAAUUCCAUGGAUUCCUUUCAACAUUUAGCCACAACCAAAACCAAUUGUUCUCUUCACAACUUGUUCCCAAUGAAACGCACCGUUCGCCCACUCUUCGGGCUUCUCCUCUUCGUCGUGUUCAUCGCCACACUCACUUCCAGAGCCAUGGUUCGAAGGGGAAUACUCUCCCUCGAGCUCGAAACCCGAGUCCUGAUCCAAGAUCCACCUCCGCCGCCGCCAUCUCCGCCGCUGAACGCCACGCUUCUGAAACACGCCGCCGUCGAAAUCGGCGAAGAAAAAUCAAAGCAAGAGAUCCAGCAGCUUCUCGACGGCAACUUCGGUAGCCAAGCGCGUCACCGAACUUUCGUUUCGUGGCGGCGGUUCAUCCACCACGACGUCGCCGGCGACCACCACCACGACAAGUCGUCAUCAUCAUCAUCACCGUCCAGGCACGUGAACGUUAACAGUAACAACCUCCCGGCAACGCUUCGUUCGCCGUUGUUCUAUCGUUAUUGGUUGGAUUUCCGGAAGGUUCUGCAGGAGUGGGCAAGGAAGAAGAGGUUUCAACCCGGUAUCAUGUCCGAGUUGACUCGGUUAGUUAAGGUUCCGAUUGAACAGCAUAACGGUGUUAAAGUGGUUAAUGGUUCCGGUGACAAGAGGUACUCUUCAUGUGCUGUUGUUGGGAACAGUGGGAUUUUGCUAAACAGAGAUUAUGGUAGUUUAAUUGAUGCACAUGAAGUUGUUAUAAGGUUGAACAAUGCUAGGGUUGAUAACUUUGAACACAAGGUUGGGAAGAAAACCAGCAUUUCAUUUGUGAAUAGUAACAUCUUGCAUUUGUGUGCAAGGAGAGCAGGGUGUUAUUGUCACCCUUAUGGUGCUCAUGUUCCAAUUGUUAUGUACAUUUGUCAAGCCUUGCAUUUCUUGGAUUACGCUGUGUGCAAUUCUUCUCACAAGGCUCCUUUGUUGGUAACUGAUCCUAGGUUUGAUGUGUUGUGUGCUAGGAUUGUGAAGUAUUACUCUUUGAAGAGGUUUGUGGAGGAAACAGGCAAGGGUUUUGAGCAAUGGGGUUCUGCUCAUGAUGGGGCUCUCUUCCAUUACUCUUCUGGUAUGCAGGCUGUGAUGUUGGCUUUGGGAAUAUGUGAUAAAGUUAGCAUUUUUGGGUUUGGGAAAUCAGCUUCUGCUAAACAUCAUUAUCACACUAACCAGAAAGCUGAGCUUCACUUGCAUGAUUAUGAGGCUGAAUAUGCUUUCUACCGUGACCUUGUGGAUGGAAAUAAGCCCAUACCAUUUCUCUCGGAUAAGUUUAAGAUUCCUCCUGUUGUCAUGUAUCAAUGACACUGAUGAAGUGCUGCUGCUACCUGCCAAUUUGAGUGGUGGAGGGGGUUGAUUUUUUGUUUUCCCCCCAUGUUGUCACGUCUGAAUUGUUCUCUUAUUGUGAUACUUGUGAAAUGCACAGAUAGUGGAAAACAAUACUGAUUCAAGAUUCAUUUUUGUAUUCUCAACUUUGUUUGUACUGCCCCAAAUGUAGCCUCAAGGCAACAUAAAUUGUAAAUUUUGGUUAGAUCAAUAGUCGCUUUGACCCUUGGAUGAUUAAGCAUAAGCAUGCCCCAUCUAUGAUUUGUGUAU